CCACUACCUGUCUGUUUGACGUAGAGCCGAUAGUCAAGCUCAGUUUUCUUCGGGGAGUGGAAAAAGUCUAGAGCAGGUGGGAGGUGUAAUAACUGCUGUGAGACACUUCCUGGUUUUAUCUGCCACCGUUUGUUUCAGCUCACAGAUAAAAGCCCGUGCAACGGAUAUGGGUGUGUUGAUCCUUCAGCUUUUGGCGUGUGGCCAACUAAUAUUGUUUUCGUUGGCUUUGGAAAACGCAACCUAUCAGGUCCCUGAGUCACCAUUAAACAAGACUAACACGUCUCAGCCUUAUGUAACUCCUGUAUCGCUGAAUACAACAGGAAACUAUACGGAAAACAAUGCCUCAACCUUGCCAAACAAUUCAACGCUCAAUUCUAGUAAUACAAACGUGACCACUUCAACCACGACGAUGACCCCUACCAGUACCCAGAACAUAACUGUACCCCCUGAACAAAGCAAUGCAACAACAGUCUACAGAUCAACCACGCGGCCAAACGUAACAUCAGCACAAACAAACCAAUCAAGAACCUCAGCACCUAUAACAACACGAAAUAUCAGUUCAACAGUCGUCACGACUCGAAAAAGCACCACUUACAGCAGUACUAAAGGUACAACUGUUACUACAUCAAAGACUUCACCGACAACCAAACCAACUGAGAAAACUUCUACCACCGUAACUCUAGGCAACUCAACCAUUUUACCUGGUGCCAGUCUGAGUGGUUCAGAGACAUCUCUCACUAUUUUAUUUAGCAUUGUGCUUGGUAUGAUAAUUCUGAUGAUUCUGGUGUACUUUGCACACAAGUUCAGACGACGCAAACAGGCGAGGGUCCAAUAUACUCAUCGCCGUCUCCAGAAUGAGGAUACAGGGGAGCAGUUUAUAGCUCCAGAUGACACGCUGGUCAUUUCAGGAGGACUUUAUGAUGGCCCUCAGAUUUACAACCCCACCAUGACAGUGCAAAGUGAAGAAGACUAUCAGACGGAUACAUCUGGAUUCGCCUACAGACCCAGUCAGUUCCGGCUGGAGUUUCUAAAUGAGGAUCAGCGACGAGUGCCGGACCAUGACACCUUUCACUCAUUCCACGCAAUUGAUCAAGAGCCUUAGAUGUCAAUACAGAAACCAGCCUCAUUUAUUUUUAAAACUUUUUCAGAAGAAAUGCUUACUUUUACAUGAAGCUUUCAAAGUACAUGUAAAAAAAAUUCAGGUUAUUAAAUUAAGUUCUUUUUUAUGAAGUUUCAGUUAAGUUAAAUAUUAAUGAAAUGAGUUAAUGAAAUAAUCAAAUCAGUAUACGGAAAGAUAAACGCUUAAAAUGCAAAUAAAUUACUAAUAAUUCAACUGCAAACAACAACUACCAGAAACGCAACGUUUUUGAUGAACAUUGUAAAUUAUCUAUUUUAACAGAACAUACUAUAACGUUAAAUAGUGUA